CCCUGCUCCCCUUUUCUACCUUGCGCGACUGGCAGCGCCGCUAUUUGCUCGCUCGCUCCCCCCCCCUUGCGGCUGCGCCCUCUUUUCCCGGCCUUGAAGCAACAGCAGCUGUAGCAACCUCGACGCCGCUGCCGCUUCCUCCUCUGUAAACCACUCGGCUCCGGCCUUGACGUCGUUUCCUUCCAACAUGGCGAGGACGGGAGGCUGCUGCUUUGGGCGCCACCGCCGCCGCCGCUGCUGCUGCCGCUCUCGCUUCUGCCGCUGCUUCUAAUGGAGGCUGAGGCAAACGGGCAGCGCUGCGUUCUUGGGAGAGCCGAUUCGUCCCUCCUCCUCCUCCUCCGCGUCGAGCAGGGGCUGCGGUAGCCGCCUGGGUCAGAGCCGGUUUCGGUUCCUCCGAGGAGGGGAGAGAAGACCCUUUCCCCGGAAAGUCUCUUCGGGUCUCAGCCGGCGCAGCCCUGACAAUCACCUCCGCUCAUCCUCCCCUUUCCCCUCACUUUCAGCGCGCCCUCAUGUAUGAGGGGAAGAAGACGAAGAAUAUGUUCCUGACACGGGCUUUGGAGAAGAUCCUGGCCGACAAGGAGGUGAAGAAGGCGCAUCAUUCCCAGCUGCGCAAAGCUUGCGAGGUGGCUUUAGAGGAAAUAAAAACAGAAACUGGAAAACAAAGUCCACCUCAUGGAGAAGCAAAACCUGGCUCAAGCACUCUUCCACCAGUGAAAUCAAAGACUAGCUUUAUUGAAGCAGACAAAUACUUCUUACCAUUUGAAUUGGCAUGUCAAUCCAAGUGUCCCAGAAUUGUUAAUACAUCGUUAGAUUGUUUGCAGAAACUUAUAGCCUAUGGGCAUUUGACUGGUAACGCUCCAGAUAGCACUGCUCCUGGGAAAAAGUUGAUUGAUAGAAUUAUUGAAACAAUAUGUGGCUGCUUUCAAGGUCCACAGACAGAUGAAGGUGUUCAACUACAAAUUAUAAAGGCUCUAUUAACAGCAGUAACAUCUCAACACAUAGAGAUACAUGAAGGGACCGUGUUGCAAGCUGUGAGAACAUGCUACAAUAUUUAUCUUGCAAGCAAGAAUCUCAUAAAUCAAACCACAGCCAAGGCCACUCUCACACAAAUGUUGAAUGUAAUAUUUGCACGCAUGGAAAACCAAGCGCUUCAAGAAGCCAAGCAAAUGGAGAAAGAGAGACAUCGGCAACAGUAUCACCUGCAGCAAUCUCCUUUAAGCCAUCAUGAGCCUGAAUCACCUCAAUUAAGGCAUCUUUCCGAGGAGACUGUUGAUCAAUUAUCCCAAGAUCAUGAAAGGGAUUUGGAGCAUCAUACAAAUGAUGUGGACAAAAACCUUCAAGAAGAUACAGAAGGAGAAAAUGGAUCUGAUAUUUCUAGUGCAGAAAAUGAACAAACAGAAGCUGAUCAAGCAACAACAGCAGAAACUCUAACUAAAAAUGAUGCAGGGUCAUAUGAUGGAGAAAGUAAUCAAUGUGAAGAAACAGCUCAGGAUGUUGUACAGAGUAUAGUCCAGGAAAUGGUCAACAUAGUAGUAAGAGAUAUAGGUGAGAGAUUUACUGAAAAGAUUGUGGUUGAUGGACCAAUAGGUACUUUAGAGGAUGGUAGUGAUAGUGAAAAUAUCCAGGCAAAUGGAAUUCCUGGGACACCUAUUUCUGUUGUGUAUACACCAUCAUUACCUGAUGACAGGUUAUCUGUCUCUUCCAAUGAUACUCAGGAAUCUGGAAAUUCUUCAGGACCUACACCUGGUGCUAAAUUUUCCCAUAUUUUACAAAAGGAUGCCUUUCUAGUAUUCAGGUCACUGUGUAAACUGUCUAUGAAGCCUUUGUCAGAUGGACCCCCUGAUCCAAAGUCACAUGAAUUGCGGUCAAAAAUCCUUUCAUUGCAGUUGCUGCUAUCUAUUUUGCAAAACGCAGGACCUGUUUUUAGGACAAAUGAAAUGUUUAUUAAUGCUAUUAAGCAGUACCUUUGUGUAGCAUUGUCUAAAAAUGGAGUUUCAUCUGUUCCAGAAGUAUUUGAACUUUCCCUUUCUAUAUUCCUGACUUUACUUUCAAAUUUUAAGACACAUUUGAAGAUGCAAAUUGAGGUUUUCUUCAAAGAGAUUUUUCUAUAUAUUUUAGAAACUUCCACUAGCUCCUUCGAUCAUAAAUGGAUGGUUAUUCAAACAUUGACGCGGAUAUGCGCAGGUAAUGCCCAGAGUGUAGUAGACAUUUAUGUAAAUUAUGACUGUGAUUUAAAUGCUGCAAAUAUUUUUGAAAGACUAGUUAAUGAUCUGUCUAAGAUUGCUCAAGGAAGAGGUAGCCAAGAACUUGGCAUGACUAGCAUUCAGGAGCUAAGUUUGAGAAAGAAGGGUCUUGAAUGCUUAGUAUCAAUACUGAAGUGCAUGGUGGAAUGGAGUAAGGAUCAAUAUGUAAAUCCCAACUCUCAAACAACCUUAGGACAGGAAAAACCCACUGAGCAAGAAAGUACUGAAACCAAACAUCCUGAGACAAUUAACAGAUAUGGAAGCUUGAAUUCCCUAGAUUCCACAGCCUCCUCUGGAAUUGGUAGCUAUAGCACCCAGAUGUCUGGUACAGACAAUCCAGAGCAAUUUGAGGUUCUAAAGCAACAGAAAGAAAUAAUAGAACAAGGAAUAGAUCUAUUUAAUAAGAAGCCAAAGAGAGGAAUUCAGUAUCUACAAGAACAAGGAAUGCUUGGUAUUACUUCUGAAGAUAUUGCCCAGUUCUUGCAUCAAGAAGAAAGAUUAGACUCUACUCAAGUUGGAGAGUUUCUAGGAGACAAUGAUAAAUUUAACAAGGAAGUUAUGUAUGCAUAUGUGGAUCAGCAUGACUUUUCUGUGAAGGAUUUUGUUUCUGCUCUGCGUAUGUUUUUGGAAGGCUUCCGUCUUCCAGGAGAGGCUCAGAAAAUAGAUAGAUUAAUGGAAAAAUUUGCUGCUAGAUACUUGGAAUGUAAUCAAGGGCAAACUCUGUUCGCUAGUGCAGACACUGCAUAUGUCUUGGCUUAUUCAAUUAUUAUGUUGACAACAGAUCUCCAUAGCCCACAGGUAAAGAAUAAAAUGACCAAAGAACAAUACAUUAAGAUGAACAGAGGUAUCAAUGAUAGUAAGGAUCUCCCUGAAGAAUAUCUGUCAGCUAUUUAUAAUGAAAUAGCAGGAAAGAAGAUCUCAAUGAAGGAAACAAAAGAACUAACAAUACCCACAAAAACAAGUAAACAAAAUGUACCUAGUGAAAAGCAGAGAAGAUUACUUUAUAAUUUAGAAAUGGAGCAAAUGGCUAAAACAGCUAAAGCAUUGAUGGAAGCAGUAAGCCAUGUUCAAGCUCCUUUUACAAGCGCAACACACUUGGAACAUGUAAGACCCAUGUUCAAGUUAGCCUGGACACCAUUCCUAGCUGCGUUCAGUGUGGGUUUGCAAGAUUGUGAUGACACAGAAGUUGCCUCUCUUUGCCUGGAAGGAAUUCGAUGUGCAAUCAGGAUAGCAUGCAUUUUCAGUAUCCAGCUUGAGAGGGAUGCUUAUGUCCAAGCACUAGCAAGAUUUACUUUACUUACUGUGAGUUCUGGUAUUACUGAAAUGAAGCAGAAGAAUAUUGACACAAUAAAAACACUAAUUACUGUGGCUCACACUGAUGGAAAUUACUUGGGAAAUUCUUGGCAUGAGUUGGAGGAAAUAUGGACUGGAAGCAGAUUGCAAGUAUUCAAGAAUCUAUUGGAGAAACUAGUUCACAAAGUGUUGUUGUUGCUGUAGACAGAAUAUUUACAGGAUCUACCAGACUAGAUGGAAAUGCUAUUGUGGAUUUUGUCAGAUGGCUUUGUGCUGUUUCUAUGGAUGAAUUGUUGUCGGCAACCCAUCCCCGGAUGUUCAGUUUACAAAAAAUAGUAGAGAUUUCUUACUAUAACAUGGGACGAAUAAGGCUACAGUGGUCUAGAAUAUGGGAAGUUAUUGGAGAUCAUUUCAAUAAGGUUGGCUGUAAUCUCAAUGAAGAUGUAGCUAUUUUUGCCGUUGAUUCCUUAAGGCAAUUAUCAAUGAAGUUCUUAGAAAAAGGGGAACUUGCUAAUUUCCGAUUCCAAAAGGAUUUCUUAAGACCAUUUGAACACAUCAUGAAGAGAAAUAGAUCACCAACCAUUCGUGACAUGGUUGUCCGUUGCAUAGCCCAGAUGGUCAAUUCCCAAGCAGCAAAUAUACGAUCAGGCUGGAAGAACAUUUUCUCAGUUUUUCAUUUGGCUGCAUCUGAUCAGGACGAAAGUAUAGUGGAACUGGCAUUUCAGACUACCGGCCACAUUGUCACAAUUGUGUUUGAAAAACAUUUCCCAGCAACCAUAGAUUCCUUCCAGGAUGCAGUGAAAUGCUUGUCUGAAUUUGCAUGUAAUGCAGCUUUUCCUGAUACUAGUAUGGAAGCUAUUCGCCUUAUUCGUCAUUGUGCAAAAUAUGUAUCCGAAAGACCUCAGGCUUUCAGAGAAUAUACUAGUGAUGACAUGAAUGUCGCUCCAGAAGACAGGGUGUGGGUGAGAGGCUGGUUUCCAAUUCUCUUUGAGCUGUCCUGUAUUAUCAAUAGAUGCAAAUUAGAUGUAAGAACCAGAGGUUUAACAGUUAUGUUUGAAAUAAUGAAAACAUACGGUCACACAUAUGAAAAGCAUUGGUGGCAGGAUUUGUUUCGGAUAGUCUUCCGAAUAUUUGACAAUAUGAAGUUACCAGAACAGCAAACAGAGAAAGCGGAGUGGAUGACAACAACUUGCAAUCAUGCACUUUAUGCAAUUUGUGAUGUAUUCACACAGUAUUUAGAAGUACUUAGUGAUGUUCUUUUGGAUGAUAUAUUUGCUCAGCUGUACUGGUGUGUUCAGCAAGACAAUGAGCAACUAGCACGGUCUGGUACAAACUGUUUAGAGAAUGUUGUCAUUCUGAAUGGGGAAAAGUUUACCCUUGAAAUCUGGGAUAAGACUUGCAACUGUAUGUUGGAUAUCUUCAAAACCACUAUUCCCCAUGCGCUUUUAACUUGGCGACCAGUGGGAGGAGAUACUGUUCCUCUAUCUCCAUCUUCUGGAAGAGAGAAACAGCUGGAUGCCAUAUCACAAAAAUCUGUAGAUAUUCAUGAUUCUGUGCAACCAAAACCGUUAGAUAGACGCCAGUUUCAACCUAUUGUAGGGUUGCCUGCAAAUGAGGAGGUCAGCAAAAACAAACCUAUAGCAAAAUUUCCAGAUCAGAAACUGUUUGGUGCGCUGUUAAUCAAAUGUGUGGUACAGCUGGAACUUAUUCAAACAAUAGACAACAUUGUAUUUUUCCCAGCAACUAGCAAAAAAGAAGAUGCAGAGAAUCUAGCUGCAGCACAGAGGGAUGCAGUAGACUUUAAUGUUCAUGUGGACACACAAGAUCAAGGAAUGUAUCGUUUUUUAACAUCACAGCAGCUUUUCAAACUCCUGGAUUGUUUAUUAGAAUCUCAUAAAUUUGCUAAGGCUUUCAACUCAAAUAAUGAGCAAAGAACUGCACUUUGGAAAGCAGGUUUCAAAGGGAAAUCGAAGCCUAAUCUUUUAAAACAGGAGACUAGCAGUCUUGCCUGUGGGUUACGUAUACUAUUCCGCAUGUACAUGGAUGAGAGUCGCAAAGAUGCCUGGGAAGAAGUGCAACAACGAUUACUAAAUGUCUGCAGGGAAGCUCUCAGCUACUUCCUCACUUUGACCUCAGAGAGUCACCGGGAAGCUUGGACAAGCCUGUUACUUUUAUUCUUAACAAAGGUUCUGAAGAUAAGUGAUGAUCGGUUCAAAGCUCAUGCAUCUUUCUACUAUCCACUUUUGUGUGAAAUAAUGCAAUUUGAUCUGAUUCCUGAACUCCGGGCUGUUUUGAGAAGAUUUUUUCUACGAAUUGGAGUUGUUUUCCAAAUAUCUCAGCCAGCAGAUCAAGAGGAAGAUGUAGCCAAGCAGUAGAAGUAUAACUAAAGAAACUAAGAACCAAAUCAACUUGCACUGGAUGUUCAUGAUGAGGGUCUCUAUAUGGCAGUGUGGGCAUCUAUAGGUUCACAGUAUAGAGUAAAGCUGUAACUUAGGCUUGCAAAACUUUUAAUUCUCCAGUGGAUUUUUCUUCUUCCCUUUCCUGGCUUGUGCUGAGCAUUGAGCCAGUUUUAAACAGUCUUAUUGUCAGCUUGGACUGUGAUGUCCUCUUAUUCAGACAUGCAUACAUAUUAUGUGUAUGUGUAUGCGUGUGUAUAUUUAUGAUGGCUGUGAACUUAAGAUAUGUACCCAAAGAACUAACACUUAAAAAGUUUGAACUUCCAUAGAGUUCAACUCAGGAGAACUGUAUUUGAAAGAAUGGUUUGUACUGAGAGCACAGGAAAACACUAGUUAAGAGAUCUAGCAAUUUUAUGGAAUUCUUAUUCUGAAAAAAAAUCUGCACACUCAAGCUGAGAUAUAGGUAAUCAUUCUUCAGUGAAAAAACUGAAAAGAGUGCAGGUCUGUAAUAUAAAAUUACAAACACUAUAUAGUUCUUCCUGCAUUCUUUUAUGAUUUCAUAGAAACCCAUACAUUUGUUUACCAAAUGCACUAGUCUGAGUUUAUGUUGUGAUUGAUUUGAUCUGUAUCCUAAAAGUUAGUCCUGCUAACUUUAAUGAAGGGCAGAGAUUGAAAAAGUCACAACUGGCUUAACUGUUUGUAAUAUACCUGUGAUAGGGCUUUUAAAUAUAAUAAGCCAUUGCAACGAUCCUUCUGGGCUGGAACUUGAAUCACUGCAAAUGAGUCUAGGUUUUAUCUUAUGUCACCUUUCGGGGGUGGGGUGGGGUUGUUUGAUGUAGAUUUCACUCUGUGUACAGAAUGUAAUGUUAAAUAUAUUCAAGUAACAAAUCUGGCAUGGUUUAGGGAUGGUUUUAAAUUUAUUGGAAAUGUAUUCAUACUGUGAAUUGUGCUCUGAUGGUUAAAGAAAAGAUUGUCAAGCAUUCUGUCUUACAGUGGAUGUAGAAAAUUUUUUCAGAUGGAAAAAUGUAUAUGGUACAGCUCUGUAAAGUUUUCUAUGUAAAUUCUGUACAACUUUCUGUACAAUAUUGGUUCUCAUCUGGCAUAUUCUAAUCAGGUUAUAAGUCAAUAAAGUUUUUGAAUUCUUUCAUCGGUGCAAUGAAAACCAAUGCAAUGUAAAACUACUUGUUUUAAUGUUUCAAGAAACUUAAAAGUUUAACAAUGAUGGUUAACAGUGCUGAAGCAAACUGCUUUCAGCAUGUUUGCAAGUCAUUAAAGAAUUUAACUUAA